AUGGGUGUCUACUGCAUCCGCGUCUCCACCGGGGACUCCUUGUAUGCGGGCUCCAACAACGAGGUCCACCUGUGGCUGGUGGGGCGGCACGGGGAGGCGUCGCUCGGGAAGCUGCUGCGACCCUGCCGGAACUCGGAGGCUGAGUUCAAGGUGCGUGUGUCAGAGUACCUUGGGUCGUUGCUGUUCGUGAAAGUGCAAAAGUGGCAUUACCUCAAGGACGACGCCUGGUUCUGCAACUGGAUUUCCGUGACGGGCCCCGGAGAGCAAGGAGCGGAGUACAGGUUCCCCUGCUACCGAUGGGUGCAGGGCACCAGCGUCCUGACCCUCCCCGAGGGCACUGGCUGCACCGUGGUUGAGGACACUCAGGGCCUGUUCAGGAAGCACAGGGAGCAGGAGCUGGAAGAGCGGCGGCGGCUGUACAGGUGGGGCAGCUGGAAGGAUGGCUUGCUCCUGCACGUGGCGGCGGCCAGUUUGUCCGAACUCCCCGCAGACCAGCGAUUUCGAGAGGACAAAAGAAUUGAGUUUGAAGCUUCGUCAGCUUUGGGGACAAUAGAUACUCUUCUCAACUUUCCCCUGAACGCUGUGACCUGCUGGACGAGCCUAGAUGACUUCAGCUCGGUGUUCAAGAGUGGUCACACCAAGCUGGCUGAGCGGGUUCGAGACUCGUGGAAGGAGGAUGCUUUCUUUGGGUACCAGUUUCUCAAUGGUGCAAACCCCAUUCUCCUGAGGCGGUCCACCCGUCUUCCUUCCCGCCUGGUGUUCCCUCCCGGGAUGGAGAAGCUACAGGCCCAGCUGGACGGGGAGCUCAAGAAGGGCACUCUGUUUGAAGCCGAUUACUUUCUCCUGGAUGGAAUCAAGGCCAACGUCAUCCUUUGCAGCCAGCAGUACCUGGCCGCCCCUCUGGUCAUGCUGAAGCUGCAGCCUGAUGGGCAGCUGCUGCCCAUAGCCAUCCAGCUUGAACUGCCCCAAACUGGGUCCACCCCACCACCGAUUUUCACGCCCACGGACCCCCCGGUGGACUGGCUCUUGGCCAAGUGCUGGGUCCGCAGCUCUGACUUACAGGUGCACGAGCUGCAGGCUCAUCUUCUGAGGGGGCAUUUGACGGCUGAGGUCUUCGCAGUGGCCACCAUGAGGUGCCUGCCCUCCGUGCACCCUGUCUUUAAGCUCCUGGUCCCUCACCUGCUCUACACCAUGGAAAUUAACGUCAGGGCCAGGAAUAACCUGAUCUCGGACAGUGGCAUUUUUGACAUGGGGAUGAGCAUAGGCGGAGGAGGCCACCUGGACCUUCUCAAGCAAGCGGGGGCCUUUCUGACCUACGGCUCACUGUGUCCCCCGGACGACUUGGCUGAGCGGGGUCUCCUGGAUGUCGAGUCUUGCUUCUACGCUAAGGAUGCCCUGCGACUCUGGGAAAUCACAGAGCGGUACGUGGCGGGAAUGCUGGAUCUCUACUACAAGAGCGACGAGGCGGUGAGGGAGGACUACGAGCUGCAGAACUGGUGUCGGGAGAUCACGGAGGUCGGGCUGCAGGGGGCCCAGGACAGAGGGUUCCCCACCUCUCUGCAGUCCCGGGCUCAGGCUGGCCACUUCAUCGCCAUGUGCAUCUUCACCUGCACGGGCCAGCACUCCUCCAUCCAUCUAGGCCAGCUGGAUUGGUUCUACUGGGUCCCCAACGCGCCCUGCACCAUGCGGCUGCCACCGCCCACCACCAAGGGUGCCACAAUGGAGAAGCUCAUGGCCACGCUGCCCAACCCCAACCAGUCUACUCUCCAGAUAAACAUCGUCUGGCUUCUGGGCAGACGCCAGGCUGUUAUGGUGCCCCUGGGCCAGCACUCAGAGGAGCACUUCACAAACCCCGAGGCCAAAGCUGUGCUGAAGAAGUUCAGAGAGGAGCUGGCUGCCCUGGAUAAGGAAAUUGAGAUCCGCAAUAAGAGCCUGGACAUACCCUAUGAGUACCUGCGGCCCAGCCUGGUGGAGAACAGCGUGGCCAUAUGAGCAGCCACGGCCCUUGCUCGCAGUCCUGGCCCCCCAUCCUCUGCCCGCUGGGACCCUCCUCCCAGAGCCAUUUUCCUUGUUUGCUGUGGGUGUCGCUUUUUACU